ACAAUAACUAUAACUAAAACAAGUGAUAAACACGAUAAACACUUGAUUAUUAGGGGCUUUUUAUAUAUUAAAACUCAUGAACAAAUUACGUGAAGGACUUAGGUCACUUUUAUUGGUUAAAAGAAAGUUUACAAACGGCACAAAGAAUAGUUUAUCUACAGUAAUGAUGUCUUCUAAAAGUGUAGAAGACUUGGGUUAUGGAUUUAAUGCCAAUGGACAACUAAGAAAAAUCAAUGAGAAUGGCCAGCCAGGUGAUGAACCCUUUCAGUUUAACAUAAGUGAUGAUCAUCAAGAGUGUCAAGCUCAUUAUGAAAUAAUCGGUGCAGCCAUCACUGAUCACAUAUACCAUCUGCUUCAAACACAGGAGAACUUAGUAAAGCUGCCAGUACCAAAAGGAAGUACAGGCGAUAAUGGUACAUUUAUUUUUGUAUCAAAGGAUUAUGACAAGAAAGACAUUUUAAUGGUAUUAAUACAUGGGUCAGGUGCAGUCAGGGCAGGGCAAUGGGCUCGAUCAUUAAUUAUCAAUGAUUGUUUAGACACUGGCACUCAAUUUCAAUACAUCAGACAGGGACUGGCCAGAGGGUAUGGUAUAAUGGUUCUUAAUUCAAAUGACAACUACAGGCGAGACAAAAAGAUACCACACAGUGGUAGCUCAGAAGAACAUGCUAAAUAUGUAUGGGAGGAAUACAUACAAAAUACAAAAGCCACCUCUAUUUUGAUAGUGGCACAUAGUUAUGGCGGUAUUUUAACUGUUAUGUUAUCAGAAAAACAGAAAAAGCAGUUUGAAAAAAGGGUGAAAGCUGUGGCGUUCACUGAUUCUGUCCACAGUUUUUCGGGUGUUAAAGUAUCUGAACAUUUGAAAAAAGUGACAAAGAACUGGGUAUCGAGUUCAGCUCCCCUAGAUAGUCCUGUGAAAACACCUGACUCCGAUGUUUGUAGAGUUUCAGCAGGUCAUCCAAAACAUGAAAUGACUUCUUCCUCGUGUAUUGACUCAGUUUUUAAAUUUUUUGAUGAAAAGUUAAAAGAAGAAUGCAAAUGAAAUCAUAAAUAUUAAUAACUAAAAUAAUAAGUGCGCUUAUAAUAAUUAUAAAUUUAAUUUAAAGCACAAAAGUUGGUAUUUAUACAGUGCCAUUUUAUUCUUUGUGAGACAAAUGUUACUACUUAUGUGAUAAUAUAUAUUUUACAAAUUUUAA